GAGUCUUGCUCUGUCACCAGGCUGGAGUGCAGUGGUGUGAUCUUGGCUCACUGCAACCUCUGCCUCCUGGCUUCAGCCUCAGCCUCUCGAGUAACUGGGAUUACAGGCGCCCACCACCACGCCCAGCUAAUUUUUGUAUUUUUAGUAGAGACAGGGUUUCACCAUGUUGGCCAGGAUGGUCUCGAUCUCCUGACCUCAUGAUCCGCCCCCCUCGGCCUCCCGAAGUGCUGGGAUUACAGGUGUGAGCCACAGCGCCCAGCUCUUAAAAAAGUUUUCUUUUUGAAAAAUUUCGGUAGGGGAAGGUAUAAUAAAUGCUCUUGGUGAGAAAAAAAAAUGGGACAAAUCAAGUCGGUAUGCAGUGAAAAGUCAGCAGCUGUAACAUUCUAUGAUUCAACGCAAAAACUAUGUUGAGUUCCUCAGCUGAAUAAGUAGUAUAAACAAUUUCUUUUUCUUCUAUCUCUCCAUACAGGGAGGGUGUUGCUCUUAUCUGAGGACCUCUUUGCUGUCCUCGACCAAUGUUCAAAUGAAGGUAGAAAACGCCCUUUUAAAAAAAAGCACUCCAUGCCCUGAACUUUUCUAGAAGAAUCCAGGCAGAACAUUUGCGCAGGCGAAAACACACAAGCUAAGCGAGGCAAAUGCAGAAGUUGCCACUGGUGAUACAGCUCGCACAGCGACGACACAGGGUGGCCAGCGAAAUCCCCUCCCCCAGGAGGGGAGGAAACCGCAGAAUGUUCCUGACUCGGCACCCGGGCGGGUGGCGCAAUGUUUAUGUUUGUGUACCUAGCGCGUCGCGUCGCUGCAGCAGGCUCCGCUGUCCAGGGGGCCGUCACUGGGACUCAGGGCACGGAUAUCGCUGGGCGGGGCGGGGGUCUUCCCAAGCGUUGCGAUCCAGGUCCUGGCAAUCCGCCCAGAAUGGCCCGGGAUUGGAUUUUGCUUUCGGCCUAUAACGGCCGCGACGACAGGGAGCGAGGGUUGUGGCCGGCUUCUGUUCCGGGUUGGAGCCCCCCAGCCCAGCGCUUAGUGGGCGCUCACUGUGUAUACUGCCUAUUUGUAUAAUAAAGAAAGGGAUGGAGAAGCUCAGUCUGGAGCCAAGGUGACAGAAACGUGUCGGGCGGCCCCUGGGGGGCGCCGUCGAGUCGCGCUGCGGGUCGCCCCUCACCCCUCCAAACGCCAAACCCUGGAAUCCACUGCGAGGCCUUGCCACCCCUCACCGGGAUUUCAGCCCCCUGACCUGCCUCCCUUGGCUCCAAGUCUUCCGGGGGCCACAAGACUAGGAAUAGCAUUAUUUCCCGGUGGGAGUUUGCUUGCUUACACUUUCAUAGCAAAUGUAGAUAUUUUAAAGCCACCUUAAAGAAAGUCUGGGAAACAGGAAAGCAUUGCCCUGAACCUCUCCGCCCCAACUCGCUCGAGUCGGUCUUGGUAGGGACGACUUUUCUAUCGGCAGAGUUGUUCAUUUUUCUCUAAACUUCAUCUUAGGCGCCUCUUUGCUGCCCUCACCCCAGUAGUGUGGUUCUGGGCAAGUCAGUCGCUUCGCCUGGGGAACCUGUUUCCCCGCCUGUUAGUGAUGAGGAAAUGAGAAAAAAGGGCACAAGAGUACGCAAAAGCACAGGAAGCCCCUUUCGGUUCAGGUCGGCGGCCGAGGGGCACGGGGAAGGGGACACGGGGAGGGAGAGAGGGAGGAGCGGCGAGGCCAAGGCAGGUGGCACGUCGCCCGUUCUCCCGGCCGCUCGCAUCCCGGAGGUCAGCCUCAGCUGGCAGCGAGCCCUCCUCCUCCCCGCUGGGCCUGGAGCGCGGCGCGGGCCCGGUCCCUGGGGACGCGCCAAGAGCAGGCCGGACAGCAGGGCGGGGGCCGGGCCGCGAGCCAGCGCGCGGCAAGCGGACCCAGCUCCGAGGCUGAUGACGUCUCCCCCUCUGGCUCGGCGGCGCCUGGCCUGGCAGGGCGGGUGACGUCACCGCCCCGUCACGUGAUCACCAUUCAAACAAACACCCCCCCUCCCCCUGCGCGCGGGUCUGGCCCGCCCCGUCCCCCAGAGGCCGCAUAUAAACGCGCUCCCCGGGCCAGGCUCGCUGCGAAGGACAUUUGGGCUGUGUGUGCGACGCGGGUCGGAGGGGCAGUCGGGGGAACCGCGAAGAAGCCGAGGAGCCCGGAGCCCCGCGUGACGCUCCUCUCUCAGUCCAAAAGCGGCUUUUGGUUCGGCGCAGAGAGACCCGGGGGUCUAGCUUUUCCUCGAAAAGCGCCGCCCUGCCCUUGGCCCCGAGGACAGACAAAGAGCACCGCAGGGCCGAUCACGCUGGGGGCGCUGAGGCCGGCCAUGGUCAUGGAAGUGGGCACCCUGGACGCUGGAGGCCUGCGGGCGCUGCUGGGGGAGCGAGCGGCGCAAUGCCUGCUGCUGGACUGCCGCUCCUUCUUCGCUUUCAACGCCGGCCACAUCGCCGGCUCUGUCAACGUGCGCUUCAGCACCAUCGUGCGGCGCCGGGCCAAGGGCGCCAUGGGCCUGGAGCACAUCGUGCCCAACGCCGAGCUCCGCGGCCGCCUGCUGGCCGGCGCCUACCACGCCGUGGUGUUGCUGGACGAGCGCAGCGCCGCCCUGGACGGCGCCAAGCGCGACGGCACCCUGGCCCUGGCGGCCGGCGCGCUCUGCCGCGAGGCGCGCGCCGCGCAAGUCUUCUUCCUCAAAGGAGGAUACGAAGCGUUUUCGGCUUCCUGCCCGGAGCUGUGCAGCAAACAGUCGACCCCCAUGGGGCUCAGCCUUCCCCUGAGUACUAGCGUCCCUGACAGCGCGGAAUCUGGGUGCAGUUCCUGCAGUACCCCACUCUACGAUCAGGGUGGCCCGGUGGAAAUCCUGCCCUUUCUGUACCUGGGCAGUGCCUAUCACGCUUCCCGCAAAGACAUGCUGGAUGCCUUGGGCAUCACUGCCUUGAUCAACGUCUCAGCCAAUUGUCCCAACCAUUUUGAGGGUCACUACCAGUACAAGAGCAUCCCUGUGGAGGACAACCACAAGGCAGACAUCAGCUCCUGGUUCAACGAGGCCAUUGACUUCAUAGACUCCAUCAAGAAUGCUGGAGGAAGGGUGUUUGUCCACUGCCAGGCAGGCAUUUCCCGGUCAGCCACCAUCUGCCUUGCUUACCUUAUGAGGACUAAUCGAGUCAAGCUGGACGAGGCCUUUGAGUUUGUGAAGCAGAGGCGAAGCAUCAUCUCUCCCAACUUCAGCUUCAUGGGCCAGCUGCUGCAGUUUGAGUCCCAGGUGCUGGCCCCGCACUGCUCAGCAGAGGCUGGGAGCCCCGCCAUGGCUGUGCUCGACCGAGGCACCUCCACCACCACCGUGUUCAACUUCCCCGUCUCCAUCCCUGUCCACUCCACGAACAGUGCGCUGAGCUACCUUCAGAGCCCCAUUACGACCUCUCCCAGCUGCUGAAAGGCCACGGGAGGUGAGGCUCUUCACAUCCCACUGGGACUCCAUGCUCCUUGAGAGGAGAAAUGCAAUAACUCUGGGAGGGGCUCGAGAGGGCUGGUCCUUAUUUAUUUAACUUCACCCGAGUUCCUCUGGGGUUCUAAGCAGUUAUGGUGAUGACUUAGCGUCAAGACAUCUGCUGAACUCAGCACAUUCGGGACCAAUAUAUAGUGGGUACAUCAAGUCCAUCUGACAAAAUGGGGCAGAAGAGAAAGGACUCAGUGUGUGAGCCGGUUUCUUUUUGCUCGCCCCUGUUUUUUGUAGAAUCUCUUCAUGCUUGACAUACCUACCAGUAUUAUCAUUCCCGACGACACAUAUACAUAUGAGAAUAUACCUUAUUUAUUUUUGUGUAGGUGUCUGCCUUCACAAAUGUCAUUGUCUACUCCUAGAAGAACCAAAUACCUCAAUUUUUGUUUUUGAGUACUGUACUAUCCUGUAAAUAUAUCUUAAGCAGGUUUGUUUUCAGCACUGAUGGAAAAUACCAGUGUUGGGUUUUUUUUUAGUUGCCAACAGUUGUAUGUUUGCUGAUUAUUUAUGACCUGAAAUAAUAUAUUUCUUCUUCUAAGAAGACAUUUUGUUACAUAAGGAUGACUUUUUUAUACAAUGGAAUAAAUUAUGGCAUUUCUAUUGAAA